AACUGGCAACUGAAGCUGAAAGGAUCAGGCUCCACUGAAGGCAGCGCGUGUAGCUGCCAAUCAAUCAAUACUGACUGAUCGAUCAGAUGGGAAACGUCAGACUGUGGUGUGUUCAGGUCCUCAGAUACACACCGGACACUCCACACGAAGAAAUGUUCAUAUUAUUAUCUUUAAAAAAAAAAAAACAAACCUCUUUCUCCCACAAUGCACCGCACUGUUAUUGUUCAGGCUGCCUAUCCAACAUGGCGGCUCCUGGAUGCGUCUUUCACAGAACCCUGACUCGGUCCAGACCCGGUCCGAACAAGGCGUCCUCGUCCUCUCCUGCCGUCUGCAGGGAAUUCCUGUAUGUGGUGGAGCUGCGGCGUUACACCAGAGACCAGGGGUCCUCUGUCUACUUCCCCCAGGCUGUCCUCAACGGUGAUGACCUGUAUGAUGUCACACUGACUGACGGGGACUGCAGACUUCAGGUGACCUUGGAUCCCGGCCUGAACCGGCUGGUGGAGAGGAACGUCCUGCAGGUUGGAUCGACACUACGUAACGCCACCUUCACCCCCGGCAUGGCCGCUCAGCUCCCAGCAUGCACCAAGGCCUCUGGAGAGAUGGACAGCUACAGACUGGUGAGAGUGGAGGUGAGAGGUGGAGCUCCAGCUGAUGGAGAAGCUGAUGGAGCCCGGGGGUUUGAUGUGCGCUGGAACUCUCUGCCCUGGUUUGGAUCCUCAGAACCUGCAGGUUCCGUGGUUCCUCUGAGAGCCAAUAGGAGCGUGUUUCUGCCUCUGUGGAACAACGUGGACUACAGCGGGGAGGGGUGGAGGGAAACCCCGCCCACUGAGGAGGAGGAUGAAGAGGAUGAGGAGGAGGAAGGGCGACGUCCUUCCGUCACCGUGUCUGAACUGCGUGACUCCUUCCUGUCCCGUCACCCGGGCAUCGUCAGGGGCGCCGUCCAUCAUCAGCUGAUUGUACGCAUCAUCAACAAGUCACACCUGAUGUAUUAUGGGAAAACGGAGAGGAACUGUGAAUGUCCUUAUAAGGCGGUGUUAGAGGUGUGUGACCCGACAGGAAGCGUGUGUGUGGUGUUGUGGAACAGCGUGUGUGUCAGCUGGUAUCACUGUCUGAAGCCUGGUGACAUCAUUAGCCUGAGACGCUACCGAGUCAAACAGCACUACCAGGCUGAGCCAGAGGACAUAGAAAUCAGCGUGAACAGCAGAAAUCCUGCCGCACAAAUAUCUGUCCUCCCAGAAUCCUCUGUUUUACCUGAGUAUCUACCACCUGCACCUGCCUACAGCUUCUACAGCAGUAAGGAGCUGCUGACCCGUCGUCACGGCGCCGUGUGUGAUGUCAUCGGCCUUCUGACGUUCUCGGGACGAUCGGAGCGAAUCAGGAGCAAGGAUUGUCGAGGGGCGGAGCUUUUGGAAUAUCGCUGGCUGCGAUUGGAGGACGGGACCAGCAAUCAGCCAAUCAUGGUGAAGCUCUUCUCCACGUCUCAGCCUGAAACCCACCACAGGCUCCACCCAUUGUCCGUGGUCGUCUGUUCCAGGCUGAAGUUGAUCAGAGCUGCAGAUCGCCGUCACAGCUGCUGCUACCUGACAAAUACAACAUACACACAGGUGUACUGCACAGGACUGGGCCACCACUCAGAGAUGAGUUACCGGAAGCUUCAGCCGGUGCGACAGUUCCUCCAGUGGCUGAGAAGCCAGGAUGACGGACAGGUGCUGAGCAGGGCUCUGAUUGGGGGAUUCUUCAUGUACCCGCCUCCUCCGGUCUCCUUGGAAACAUUUAUGAAAAACAGGAGAGGUAAGCCAGGUUUCCUGCGAGGGGCGGAGCUUGAGAGGGAGCUGGAGAGGCUCUGUUACCGGGAACGACGCAUCUUCUGUAUCCAGGCAACGAUCACCAUGGUUACGUACAGCCGCUGCGGAGAGGAGGAUCGCUGUUUGGUUUGGACAGACCGAGCUGCAUCGGUCUCCCCCUCCUCCUCCUCCCCAUCCUCCUCCUCCCCUCGUCUCUCUAAGUCCUCCCCUCACCCAUCUCCCUCCCCCUCCUCUCUCCUCCCUCUCCCCUCCCCUCCUCGUCUCUCCUCUGUGUCUUCGUUCUCUCCCACCUCUCCGUCCUCAGGUGUGAGUCAACUGACUCCUCCCCCCGUGACGCACAGAGCAGGGAGCUUGUGUAAGAGGAAGCAGCAGCUGCAGCCGGACACUCCGAAGAAGAGACGUCCGUGGGUCACAUCAGAACCAGAACAACACAACAACAACAACACAGUCAUCCUGUUUGAAGCCUCCAUGGAGUUUCUAGAAAACAAAAACGCUGAUGAAGACGACAACGACGAUGACGACGACACCUCGUCCUUCGUCACCGCUCCCCUCUCCCCCGCCUUCCCGCCCAUCGCCGUGGAGACGCUGCCGAUGCGUUAUGACCACGCCCGCAGGGAGGAGCAGGCUGCUGCCGUGGCGAUGGGGACGGGGACGACACCUGGGCGGUUUGACUCAGCGCUGCGGGACUACUACACACUGAGACUGAGAGCUCUGUCCGACGCCGUGAUGAUCGACGCCGUCUUCCUCCCUCACUCCUCCUCCUCCUCCUCCUCUCCCCCCCUCCUCCCUCACAACAACACCUGGACCUCCAUCUUAUCACAUGGAGCCUUUUCAGUCCACAGACCUCCACCUUCACCAGGUGAGUGCACACACACACACACACACACAAAGAACGAUGAUGAAGAUGAAGGUCGCUCUCUCUCUCCCUCUUUUCUGUCAGCUGACCUCAUCAGCAUGGCGGCUCAGCUGACCAAUCAGAGGCUGGUGUGUGUCCUGGAGGCGUGUCACCUGGGCGGACCCACAACUGAACUCAUCCUGAGCCGAGCGUUUCACCUGUCCAACUGACACACACAGACACACACACACACACAGGCACACACACACUCACACACACACACACACUCACUCACACACACACACAGGCACACAGGUGCCUGAUGGGAGCCGUAGUUUUCUCAGUGUUAUAAACUUGUUUAUAAAGUUUUUAUACUUGAUCCUUUAAAGUGUUUCUGAUUGUUUGACGCACACUGAUGCACUUUACAACAUGUUGUUGUUGUUGUUGUUGUAGUUUUUUAACUACAUUUAAAAAGUUGAUUUCUUUAGGUUUCUGAUAUGAGGUGGUUUGUACACACAUUUAUUUAAUAUACACUAAUGUGAUGUGUUCAGGAGAAACGUGUUAAUAAUUUACACUCAGUAUUUUAUAGAAGACGUGUGUUUGUGUUGUGUUGUUGUGAUGUUGGUAGCGAAGCAGGAACUGCGCUGACAGUUCUGACUGAUGUGAAACAGCUUCUGUCUGUCUGUGUUCAUACAAACCAUCAUCAUCAUCAUCCUCAGUGCAGAGUAAGUCAUUAACAGUAUUUGGAGGCUGUGACUUUAAACGGUUCCUCAGUUUGAAACUUCAGGAUGUGGAGUUGAAUAAAAGUUAAC